GUCCUUUUAAAAAUAUUUGUAUUUGUAAACAAUUUAUUUUGAAACUGCACAUCAUAUUUUUAUUAAUUUUAAUUACUACGAAAAUUAGUUUUGGUUGGUUUGGAUUCAAACUUAUUAAAUAAUGUCUGAAAAAGCUAGUGGCCAAACAAAUGGAUUAUCUUUAUACGCGUAUAAUAAACUGCUUAUAUUUAUGUGUUUAUUAGGUUUGGGGCUAUCCUUGUAUGCUUACACAGUUGAACUGAGAUUGGAACAAAAUAAAAAUUACAAGCCAUUGUGCGAUAUUGCAGAACACAUGAGUUGUACAAAAGCUUUUGAUUCAGAGUAUGGCAAAGGAUUUGGGUUCUUUGGAAAAAAGUCCUUAUUUUACAAACCAAACAGUUUUUUUGGCAUAGUUUUUUAUAGUAUGGUUGCAACUUUGAGUCUUUCCAAUUCUCCAGUAGCAGUAAAUGGUUCUCUUUUACUCAUCAUUUUAUCUAACUUUGCAUCAUUAUAUUUUGCUUAUAUAUUGUACUUUAUAUUGGCUGAUUUGUGUGUGGUCUGCAUAGGAACUUAUAUUGUUAAUGUAGUUAAUUUAAUUCUUAUUACAAAGAAGCACAAGAAAGUUAGGUUGCUAGAAAACCAAAAACUAUCUGCUAGUCAGAAAAAAUCAGAAUAAAAGUAUAUUUAAUUGAUUCCUCACUUGUAUAUAAAAAUGUGAAAACUGUUAUAUGAAUAUAUUAUGCUAUUGUUAAAUAAAAUUC